AUGCCGCUGAUGAAAUCUCUCAAAGCGGGGAACAAUCCUUACCAGUGCACGUGCGAGCUGCAUGCGUUUUUUGAGGACACCUUGUUGAAGGCAAUGGUGAAUUUAACCGACUGGCCGUGGAACUACCACUGCUACCACCCACAGGCUCUGCUCAACACCUACAUCUCCAAGUUUGUCCCAGGGCGUCUGGUGUGUGACGUCCGACUGGUUGUCCUCAUUGCCGUGGCCACGACUGCUGCUUUCCUCAUGGCUCUGAUGGUGGUCUGCUACGUCUACGUCUGGUACACCAAGGCCACGUACCAGAUCUUCAGAGCCAAAUACCGAGCCUACCAGACCCCGCCUGGAGAGGAGGCCAUGCUCCGGUACCACGCCUUCAUCUCCUACAGCCACUGGGACGCCGACUGGGUGAGGGACCAGCUGCUGCCCGCUCUGGAGGACCGCGGGAACCCUUACCGUCUGUGCAUCCACGAGAAAGACUUCACACCCGGGAAGUGGAUCAUCGACAACAUCAUCGAGAACAUUGAGAACAGCCACAAGAUGAUCUUCGUGCUCUCUCGGCAUUUCGUCAACAGCGAGUGGUGCAACUAUGAGCUGUACUUUGCGCAGCAGCGAGCGAUGGGGAAGACCUUCCACGACGUCAUCCUGGUUCUGAAGGAGCCCAUCGACCCCGGUUCUCUGCCCAACAAGUACUGCAAGCUCAAGAAGAUGUUGAGCACCAGGACCUACCUGGAGUGGCCCCAGCAGCAGAACCCAGCAAGCCUUCUUCUGGGCUCAGCUGCGGAGCGUGCUGGGCAGACCGGCCGUGGUGAGGUCCAGGAGCGGGAGCCAGAGGAGCCGAGGGGGCUCUGA